AUGGGGUGGGAGAUGGCGUCGGUGACGAUGACGGCACGAUACCUGCUCGGCAAUGGCGCGGCGAAGGCGACGGCAGCAAGGGCAACGACGCCGGGUCUUCGCUUGGUUGGGUCGCGAUCGUCCGGGCCCCGGCGAGCUUCGUCGUCGUCGUCGUCGUCAUCGUCUUCACCUUCGUCGCCGGACGGAACGGCGUCGAAGCCGCAGAAGAAGAUCACGGACCGCCUGUCGGCCGUGAUCGACGCCGUCAAUGACCGCAAGCUUCCCCCCGAGCUCCGCGGUCGUCGCAACGCCGUCAGAUCGGAGACUGAUAUUGUGAACAUAGUGGAGCAAAGGAUAUGGCAUUCGAUGGAGGAAGGACAUUUUGAGAACUUACCUGGAAAAGGGAAACCCCUUGACCUGAGCGUAAAUCCACAUGCAGAUCCGGCAGAAGACACCUUGUAUCGGAUUCUUAAUAAGAAUGGUUGUGCUUCAGAGUGGGUAGAACUUAACAAGGAAAUAAGGAGUCCGAUGUCCAAUUGGCGGAGAGCGCUAAAGAAAGCAUGGAUGAGCAGAAGCAAUGGGAGUCGAUCUGAGUGGGACGAGCAUUCAGAGGCUUUGAAGGUGCAAAUGUGCAGCAUUAACGACAAGUGUGAUUUUUCUUGGUUCGGCUUUUCAUUAAGAGCUUUAAAAGCUGGCACCACCAUUUGCUUCUCUGUAUUCUCUACUGAUAGAAUGGAGGAGAUCAACAAGUGGAAUGACUGGCGAGAGGUGCUUUAGAAAAGGUUUCUGAAACAGUUACUUUGAGUGAGAAUGAACUUUUCUCAAUCCAACGGUCAUACGUCACAAGUAUGUAGCACAAGCUGUGUCAAAAGGAAACUCACAGAUUACAUAUGCAAUUCAUUUCCAAUCAAUUGACUGACACUUCUUCACUUUGUUAUACAGUGCAAGCUAAGGGACCAUUUCAGCUUCUAGUUUUCAGUCAAAUGAGAAUAUAUUGUUCUGCAAUUUUGGCAUAAUUCAUGCUGUGCUGAUCUUGAUAUUAAAAGCCUACUAUUGACGAGAGACUCCUUUGAGCUUGCUUGAUUUUCAAACUAAGAUUUGCUUGGCGACUGAGUGAUGCUGCCCACCAUUUGUAAGGAAAUGCACGGCUGGUCGCUGGGUUCUGCAGAAGAAUGGCAAAAACCAGGCUGAAAAACUAUACAUAUCUUCUUGCAGGUUCAUCAUCUUGUGUUUUCAAAUUUCCCUGUUCUGAGUUCCUAAGUAUCGAACUGCUUAGGUGGGGGAAAGAAGUUUUCGGAAUGUGACAGAAAUAGGAAAAAAUAGUGUCCAGGCUUGUGGAGAACAUCCAAUUACUAUUUUUCGUAGAGAAGUAAAAACUGAGCUAAAAGAUUAAAGAGUUUCCUUAUUUUACAAAUUUUCAACAAGCUAAAGGCGAUUUUUAUGUUUCACCGUUUUCAAACUGUAUUAAGAAUUAUGACAAGAAGAGGAAUACUAGAUCAAGAAAUUUGUGAAAUAUGUAUUUUUUAUUAUUUUAUUUUAUGGAAUGGUUGUCUGAGCUAUAGUUAGUAAAAGAUAUAUGGAGAAGGGUACUGGAAACCAUGAAUUAUACUGUUUUAUAGAGAUAUGAAAAAUUGAGAAGUAGAAAAUCAUCUUUAGGGAUUUACUUAGUGAAAAAAAAAGUUUAGAAGUAUUCUCAGGAAUCUGAUUCAUCUUGAGUGAUCCUUUUUGUACUUUGAAAGAAUGAUUCGUGGCUUGAAGUAAUCUUCAAAUCCCAAAAGCAAUUCCACUGGAAGGAUUUGACUCUGAAUGGCUCACCAUGUGUCCAGCGCCGAGAAUCCAGUAAAAGAAGAGGUUCCUGUGGGAUCUCACGAAUCCUUUCGUCCCCGUAAAGCCUUUUCCACAGUACAGAGGAGCACGGUCCUCGCUCAGGAAACUGCUCAGAUCAUCCCACCUGCGUAUUACAAGGCGAAUUUGAGGGACCAUCUUCGAAAUCAAGAAUCCGAGUCAAUGUCUGGGGGUGUGUUUUGUUGAAAAGGAGUCAUUACUUGAGCUUACUGAGCCAUGCUUCUGCUCCUUUUGUUGCACAUAUGAGAUCUAGCUGCAGCAUUAGGAAGUCGUCCAUAUGAGAUUAUGGGGAGCCAAGAUCAGUUGGCGACCGGACUGCGUGAAGCGCAUGGAAAAAGUUCAUGGAAAAACCCCGACCUGUCCAUUGUAAAUGGUGACGUUUAUGCCUUUGGCUAAAAGCUUGUCCGCCUGAGAAAAUUUCUCGACA